AUGACAGUACAGUUCCUCGACGAAUCUCAGGAGAUCCGCUCUCACUAUGCGAGUGAUGCGGACUAUGACCCAUUCGCUGGGCCACUCAUGGCGCAAGAGUGCUCCCCAGAUCCCAGCCCCUCCAUGAGCGGUGUGAACGAUCAGCAAACUCCAUCCUCCGUGCUCAGUCCUACCGAAGGCCUCACUGUUUUAUCGCUUCUCAAUUCCGACUCUCCGACUGGAUCGCAGCCUUCCUUACCCGCGCCGCCUCUGACAUCGUAUAACGUGCCGGUGUCGCCUCCCUCGCAGCCGCCGACCGGGUCGGGUUCAUUUGUAUACCAACGACCUCCAGGCGCGCCAGUACUUUGGCCACUUGAGAACGAACAAGAGGCCAUGUUGUUACAGCAUUAUAUUGAAAAUGUUGCCCUCUUCUUCGAUAUGAUGGAUAACAGAUGCCACUUUAGCGUGCAUGUGGUUCAACGCGCCAAGAACAACAGCACCUUAAUGAACGCUAUACUCGCCCUCUCGGCGCGGCAGCUUAGCCGGACGACAGACUUCGACCCUUACAUUGCCGAUGCGUACUAUCAGCGAUGCUUUGAGACGUUAAUCCCAGCGUUGAAUGACAACAUCGCGAUCCGUGAUGAGUCACUACUGGCAUCUACUAUUAUACUUCGGUUGCUGGAAGAGAUGAAUAUCUCUAUCAUCGGCUCCGACCCACAAGGUCACCUCUUUGGAACGCAAGCCAUCAUACGCGGAGCCCAGCAGAAAUAUGCCGCAAGUUCUGGUGAAAGCUUCACGCAAGCCAUCUACUGGGCGGCAUUUCGCCAAGAAUUAUGGAUAUCCCUCAUGACCCAGCGUGCUUUUCAGCUGCAUAUCUUCCCGGCGGAUCGCUCCCUUGAGCCUGCAGAUGACUCAGUUUGGGCUACACGUACCAUCGCACACCUAGGCGAUGUCUGCAACUUCGCCUUUGGUGAAGAGAGACAUAGCGUCCUCAGAUACAGCCAGCUGAUGGAUGAGAACAAAGCUUGGAGGACCCAGCGACCUGAUAGCUUUGACCCUAUCUUCUAUCGGCAGGAUUCAGAUGAAAGUGGCAGGAACUUCCCGGAUAUCCGAUAUCAUGAGAAGGCGCAUGUGAUGGGGGCACAGUACAACCUCCUCGCCCAUAUGCUAUUGGUAGUCCACGACCCCACAAUCCCCCAGCUAGGGCCCUCGCAUAAGCAAUCGCGCGCAGCUGUCGAUAGAAUGGCGCAAGACGACGUUCGCACGUUGUGUGGCGUCGCGCAGUCAAACCCAAAGGUAUUCCCUUCCAAGUUCGUGGCUUGUUUCGCGAUUGCACUUGUCGGUGAUCGAUUCAAUGCCAAAGAAGACCAAAUACGACUUCGCGAACUGUGGUAUGCCUGCGAAAGGUCGCAUGGCUUUCCGCCAACAACCACCAUCCGUCAACUCGAAGAAUCAUGGGGCUUCCCCAGUCGUUGA